AUGUGCUCUGAAAGGAAUGGGGACGAGUUUAUUCAGAUUGACGUCUCUACUGACGAAGACGCAUCAGGAGUACUUUCGUCUCUACCAGGUUCGUCAUUCCCAUCUCAACAGCUUCAAUUAGAAGAAACAUCAGGUGAAACCGAGGUGUUUCCCCGUGUUUUGGCUUCUACGUCUCCACCCUCCGUCCCACCCCCCGAUAUUCAAACUCUCAUCGUUGACGAAGUGACCCAAGGUGACACAGAUGACGAUGACGAUUCUGAUUUUGAGGAUGAGACACUGGUGGAACGCCUUAUUGGUCUCACUGAAAUGUUUCCUGAAUGGCUGCGCUCCGCGGCAUCAUCUAUCUUUGAUGGAACGGUAGGGGUGAUGCGUGGCGCCUACUCUCUGUCACGCUCUUCUGCUUGGUUCGCCGCCUCCGUUAUGACCGUGUGUAUGCUGCCUCUAAUGUUGGAGCUGGAACGUAACCAGAUGGAGGAACAGGAAGCCUCGGAGCAUCGAUCCAUGAUGCUCGGACCGGGAGGGGCGGGACCUCAGGGCUUAGCGGGAUUCCAGGCCAACAUGCCGGUGUUAAGCCCGGCUGUUGCGAAGUGA